UGGCUCCCUGCUUCCUAUAAAAGGCAGGUGGAACCUCCAGAUUAGAAGAGCUAGACCAACCCAGACAACUCCGGCCUUCACUCCAAAGUCCUUAUCUUUAACAUGAAGAUCUCUGCGGUGCUUCUGGGCCUGCUGCUCAUAGCUGUCACUGUCAGCCCAGGAGAGUUGGCUGAGACAGAUGUGGUGCACAUCCCUGUCACAUGCUGUUUUGAAAAGGCUAAGAAGAUCUCCAUGAAUAGGCUGAAGAGCUACAGCAGAAUCACCAGCACCCAGUGUCCCUGGGAAGCUGUGAUCUUCAGGACCAUACUGGAUAAGGAGAUCUGUGCUGACCCCAAGGAGAAGUGGGUUGAAAAGGCCAUAAAGAACUUGGAUCAGAAGUCUCAAACUCAGCAUCCAUGAACCUUCUUUUCUUGGCUGAGAGCCCCCAAGGAAAUCUUCUGUACUCUCCCCUAACCUUUCCCCAUGGGCAGUGUGAUAGUAAUUUACUAUGGCAAAACAAUAAAGAUGAUAUAGCAAGUUAAAACAUAGACAUGCUUAAAUAACAUUUAUUGAUAUUUCAGUUAUGCUUUGAACAAAUAAACUGAAUUUAAUUUAUAA